CACACCUCCACCCUUCACAAACCCAAAAGCCAAAAACCGCCAGAGAAGGAAAAAAAUGCAUCUCCUUGCCACUCUCCUUGUCACCCUCCCCUUCGUGGCCUCAGUCUCCGCAUGGACUAAUCUCGUCCCAACGUGCCAGACGCCACCUGCACACUGGGGUCGAAACGGCAACUGCGCACCAGUAGAUAGAGAUAGGUGUAUUACUAAUACUGCGAUUUGUCGGCUUUUUGGGAAAAGAGGACAAGGGAGAAGAAAGAUGAAAAAGAUGAUGGUUAAUGGAAAUGAUAGUGUCCUGGACAACUUCGCUUGCAUUCAACGUGGGCGGCGCCGAAUGGAAGGUGUGAUUGUUGGUGUUCGAAUGCGUGAUUUAAGAUGGAUUAAGUUCAAGUGGUUCAAGACGGGGCCAGCCAAGGAGAGAAAGAAGGUGCAUAAAUAA